AUGCCACCCACGCUGUCGGCGGGCAGCAUCGCAGAGCUCGUUGACUUAGCGAGCAGACCUGAUCUCAACGGCGAAAAGGUGGAACUCCUGGGCUGGAUGUCGAGCAGACGCCGCUGGUGUUGUCGCCACAAAGAGGGCUCUCUCCUCAACAUCCAGUCAAAGAAUCUGCGUCCGUUUGAGGAGGCAGAGUCUUGGCACGCCGUUGCCCAGCAGCCGGCAGAAGCUGCGGAGGAGCAUUUGGUUGCAGCCCACAACGACCAGGCCGGCUUGGCGAAUGUGCCUCAGCUAGGCCCUGGGUUGAAGACGUUCGUCAUAAACCUCGCCCGACGCCCCGACAGGCGAGCCUCGAUCGAGGCCCUGUGCAGAGAUCUGCAGCUGGAGUACGAGAUCAUUGAGGCAGUGGAUGGACGUGCCCUGGCAGCGCAGCCGGGUGCACACUUAGAGUUGGUCCCGACGCAGAGGGAGCAUGAGCGUAGCCGGCUUCGCCUCAUCGGCAGCGCGGUGAAGCCGCGAGGUUUCCAGGCGAUAAGGAGCCGGACUUGGCGCACCCGCUUCGAGAGGGACGGCCGCCAGUGCGAACAGCUGCUGCAGAUGGCCCAACACCGGCUCAAGGCCUCAGCUCUGACAGAGCAAGGGCAUGAGCUUUGGGGCGCCGUGGGCUGCAGCCUCUCCCACCAGAUCAUUCUGCGAAAAAUCACGGAGUCGCCUGACUUGGAGUACGCGCUGGUGCUCGAAGACGACUGUGCUCUGGGUUUUGCAAGCGCCGACGAAGUGCGGCAGAUUUUUAACGACGAGAUGCGAGAGAUAGCGCGCAGCUAUCCGGACUGGCAGCUAGUCUACUUAGGCGGCUCCAUCUCGUCCUACAUCAGGAAGGAAGAGCGAGACGCCUGGAAGAUCACUGACUUUGUCAAGAAGGCAAAGCAGGUCUACCAGACUCACGCCUUUGUGAUCCGGCGCGGCCUGGUUCCCUUGAUACAGGCGAAACUUGAGCGAGGCCUGGCGGCAGAUGCGGCCCUGGUGAGUUGGUCGAGGGAGGCUGCCAAUGACGACAGCCCCAGUUGCUUCCUCUUCCACCCGCAGGGUCUUCUGGUGCAGCCAGGGGGAGCACAGCGCUGGAAAGACAGCGACAUCUUCGUGGAAGGGGAGUUCUUCAAGCGCCAGGUUCAAUCAAACACAGGCGGCGCUUAUGAUUUUGCUGUGGCCAGCCGGACCCGCCGGCCGCCAGCCGUCGACGUGACGCGCGAGGAGCUCCGGGGGUGGUCGUUUUCCUCCGGGGAGGAGGAGCCGCCUGGCACCGAGGAGGCGCCGCGACCCUCCUCGCGGCCGCCGCCUCAGGAAGAGGUCGACCCUCCGAUUCCACCGAAGGUGCCAAAGAGUCCACCGGAGGCGCAUGCUCCGCUUCGCACGCUCAUGGAGGAUCCUCACUUCCAGAAGGCCGUCCUGGCACGUGGCUACAGGGAGGCAGACUUCCCGCUCCCCGAGGCUGCCCUGGAGGUACCCUCGCAGCUCCGCGAGAAGCUGGGCGAACUGGCAGCAGGCACGGCGAGCUUCGCCGACUGGGUGCGCUCUGCGCGCCGCCACGCCUCCACGACAAUCCAGGACGUGCUUCCUCGGCUCCGGGCGACUGUGCGGUACCUCUCCUCGAACACUGGUGUGCAGGUGCCCUCGCGAUCGAAACUUGCCGCGGCGGUGAGGUGCAUUGCGGAGUUCUGCCACGACUUCUCCGAGGACGAAGCGCGGCAGUGUGAGGCGUCUCUGCUGCGUCGACCGAGCAAAGCGUCCUCUGGAGCACUGCUUCAGCUGGAGGCAUUUCUGCUCCCCAACGAAGGGGAGCUGGAGCUCGAGCCGGGUCCGGCUCUCGCUGCCGAGGCGCCUCUCCUCUUCGAGCUGGUGAAGCAGGAGCAGGCUGCACAGCACCAAGCCAGGGCCGUCCGCCGCGUGGCUGCAGUUGCCGGCGUGCUGCCGAUGCGGAGCAGCGCAGUAGAUGGCGUUACAACCGUCGCGCCACUGACGCCCGCUCCGCUGACACCGGUGCCGUUGACGCCGGUCCCAGGCCUCGUGCCUGCCACACCGCCUUUCGGGGCAGCGCCGACGACCCCUCUCACAGGAUCCCCGGCGCCUCCAAGCGCGAAGCGCCCAGCCCAAGAAGAUGCCGAAGUGAAGCCAGAUCCAUCGCCGCCGCUUCCGAAGCGCAGACGCGGAGUUCUACGUCCUUGCAAGGAUUCCUACGAGGAGCUCCGGAAGCUUUCUAUCGCGCAGCUGCGAGAGAAGGCCCGCCUCUGCCAGGCGAACAUCUGGUCCUGCUUGGAGAAGGAGGAGGUCGUCCAGGCCAUCCUCCAGACGGGGCGGACACCACCGGCCCCGAUGGCGCGAAGCAGUCGUCCGAAGAGCCAUCCGGCAGGCUCCGCACCAAAGCUGUGA